AUGAUCAGAUUCAUUUUGGUACAAAACCGUCAAGGGAAAACUAGAUUGUCAAAAUGGUACGUACCAUAUGACGACGAGGAGAAGGUACGACUUCGCGGGGAGGUUCAUAGGCUCGUAGCUCCUAGAGAUCAGAAGUAUCAGUCAAACUUUGUGGAGUUCCGCAAUUACAAAAUUGUUUAUCGACGAUACGCGGGACUCUUCUUCUGUCUGUGCGUGGACGGAAACGAUAAUGAAUUGGCGUAUCUCGAAGCUAUUCAUCUGUUUGUAGAGGUUCUUGACCAAUUCUUUGAUAACGUUUGCGAACUGGACCUGGUUUUCAACUUUUACAAGGUCUAUGCCAUCUUGGAUGAAAUCUUCCUCGCCGGAGAAAUAGAGGAGACGAGCAAGGAUGUGGUUCUGUCACGCCUUGAGGAACUUGAAAAACUCGAGUAGAAUGGAUUGAAGCCGUAACAGGAACU